UGUAGCUACCAAGCUUGAUGUCUCCUGCUCCCUUCCUCUUUUACAUUGCAUUGUUUAUAUUAAUGAGUCCAAUUAUCUAACCUCUAAAGGAUUUCAACACGCUGUAGAAAUACAUAGUUGUAAGAUGCCAUAUAAUCAAAGCCAUUAAUUUUGAUAAAUUCCCUUUUUCUAACUUAAACUGAAAUGAACAUUGUAGGAAAGCUCAGUUUAAUGAUACCAUGGAAUAUAUUCUUGCUUCAUUCACUGCUGUCCACUUUGCAAGGAUCUUAUUGCAAGCUUUCUGUUUUGAGAAGAAAUUUGAGAAAUGAGUCUAAUGCAACUCGACAGAAAAGAGAUCUUGUAACAGCCGAGGUUCAAGCUGCCUCUCGGUUGCACCAUCAUGGGGCCCUGAUGCGAAGCCCACCAGGAGGCUCAUGUCCAGAGGAGUGCCUUAAUGGAGCAGCCUGCACAGAGGCAGGUGACUGUGACUGUCAGUUAUUUCAGGCUCAAGGAAGCAGGUGCCAAAUUGUACCUAACACUGGUAAGGACCGAGAUGGGAUUUGCAAAUCGUGGGGACAGUAUAAUUUUGAAACUUUUGAUGGCAUCUACUACUACUUCCCAGGAAAUUGCUCCUAUAUAUUUGCAAAAGACUGCAGUACUCUGGAACCCCAGUAUACUGUUUGGGUUCAUAACAGUCCUCACUGUUACGGCUCAGUAUAUACUUGUCAUAGGUCCAUCAGCUUAUUUUUGUCAAACCAAGAAGAAAUAAUGAUUUCAGGACAUGAAGUAAGAAAAAAUGGAAUCAGAUUAAUAUUGCCUCAGACAGUUGGAAAUGCUUUCAUUGAGAGACUGGCUGACUAUAUUCUGGUGAAGACUACCUUUGGUUUUUCUCUUGCUUGGGAUGGAAACUCUGGUAUUUAUAUUAAGCUGACAGAAGAUCAUAAGGGAAAAUCUUGUGGCCUUUGUGGAAAUUUUAAUGGCAAUAAAUAUGAUGACCUGAUACUUCAAAAUAUAGGUGAAUAUACAGAAGAUAUUGCUGAAUUUGCAAAUAGCUGGGCUGUGCAAGCCUCAGAUGAUAUAACUUGUGUCCCUACUGCCUCGGAUUUUUCCAGUCCUUGCUCAGCCAAUGCAGAAUCCACUGAGGAAAUAUUCUUCAAGUGCCAAAUAUUCCUACAGUUUCCUUUUCUCAGCUGUCAUGAAAGUAUAGAUCCGUAUUCUUAUAUUUCAAGCUGUAUGAAUGAUCUCUGCAGAGUGGAUGACGAUGAAACAUACUGCAGGGCAGUGACAGAGUACGCUAGAGCAUGCUCUCACGCUGGGUCCCCGGUGCGGGACUGGAGGGAUGACUUUCCUGCCUGUACUGAGAAGUGUGAAGACACCUUUGUUCACCGUGACUGUAUCAGUUGUUGUCCACCAACUUGCACAUUUGAAAAAGAUUGUCUUGGCAGCAAUCUGCACUGUUUAGAUGGCUGUUACUGUCCAGAUGGUCUCAUUAUGGAAAAUGGAACUUGUAUCUCUUUGUCGAAUUGUCCUUGUAUUUAUCACGGAACUGCUUUCCCUGUAGGCUCAAAAAUUGAACAAGAAUGUAGCAACUGUAUUUGUGUUGGUGGCAUUUGGAACUGCACUGAUCAUGAUUGUCCAGCUGAGUGCUCCAUCAUAGGCAGCUCUCAUUUUACAACAUUUGAUGGACGUCAUUUUACCUUUCUUGGGAUUUGCCAGUACAUUUUGGUAAAAGGCACUGGAAAAAACAAAUUCACAAUCACUUUACAAAAAGCACCUUGUGGACAGAACUUUGACCACGCCUGCAUUGAGUCUAUAACACUAGUUCUUGAAGAUGAUGUGAGGAAACAAGUAACUCUCACAAGAUAUGGUCAAAUCCAAACUGUCCCUAACCAAGUUUUUAACCUCAAUGGGGCUAUUGAAAUUCAGAAUGUAUCCUCUUUCUUUGUUCAACUGAAAACUAGUUUUGGUUUGAAGAUACUGUUUGCUAAAGAUGGAGAGAGGAUCUAUGUUCAAGUUGAUGUCAGAUGGAAGAGAAGAACCUUAGGGCUAUGUGGAACAUACAAUGGAAAUUUAAGAGAUGAUUUUCUAUCUCCAGCAGGGAUGAUAGAAGGGACCCCUCAACUUCAUGCCAAUGCAUGGAAGGUAUCCUCAGCUUGCUCCAUGCCUGUCAAUAUUCCUGUGGUUGAUCCCUGCAACAUGAAUCAGCAAAAUGCUGGGUAUGCAUCUCACUGUGAUGUCAUCAACCAAGACGUUUUUGCUCCCUGCCAUGCCUACAUCAGUCCAGGGUUGUACUACCAGCUCUGCCGCUUCGAUGCCUGCAAAUGUGGAAGCAGCUGCUUGUGCAAUGCUUUGGCACACUAUGCUUAUGUCUGUGGCAAGCACGGUGUCAUCGUUGACUUCAGAUCUCAUGUUUCUUACUGUGCUGUGAUGUGUCACAGUGGUAUGCUUUAUCAUCAGUGCUCUUCUUUUUGUAAACAUUCCUGUGCUUCACUUUCUGUGGCAAAUAUCUGUGCUGAUGACUGUGCAGAAGGAUGUAAUUGUCCUGAUGGGAAAUAUUUUGAAGAGUCCGUCAACUUUUGUGUCUCAAUAUCUGGCUGUCAUUGUCGUUACAAAGGAAAAGCCCUCCAGCCUGGAGAAAUCCUUCCUACUCCAACAGGCUCCUGCCAAUGUUUGAAUGGAACAGUGAAAUGUAUUGAAGCCACUACAGAAAACAUAGAAUGUGGGAUCUCUUGUGCAAACCUUGCCAUGAACUUCUCCUGUGUCCCCUCACCACCCUGUGCAAGUGGCUGCAUUUGCCCCCCGGGGAUGGCUGAGCACAGAGGGAAAUGUUAUAUUCCUGACAGUUGUCCGUGCACCUGGAAAGACAGAGAAUUUCUGUCAGGAGAAGUGAUAGCUACUCCAUGUUACACCUGUGUUUGUAGGAGAGGUGUCUUCAACUGCACCAGUUACCCCUGCCCUGCUGUGUGCACCAUUUAUGGAGACCGACAUUAUUACACCUUUGAUGGACUGGAGUAUGAUUAUGUCAGUGACUGCCAAACUUACCUGCUAAAGAGCACAGAUAACUCAAAUAUAUCUAUAAUUGCCCAGAACAAAAAGUGCUUUGACAAUGAUAUUGUUUGCUCAAAGAAUGUUUUCAUCUCUGUUGGAGACACUGAGAUUUAUUUUAGCGAACCUUCUGAGAAGCAGAAGACCCUAGGGGCACAGGAAAACAAAUCUAACUAUCAGCUUUGGAAGGCUGGAUAUUAUACUGUGAUACACUUUCCAGAACAGGACAUUACAAUUCUGUGGGAUAAGAAGACAAUGAUGCAUGUUAAAGUUGGACCUCAAUGGAAGGGCAAACUGGCAGGCUUGUGUGGAAAUUUUGACAAAUAUACUUCAAAUGAUCUGACUACAUCAAACAACAUGGAGGUGAGAAAUGCACAGGUGUUUGGAGACAGCUGGGUAUUAGGACAGUGCAAGAGCCCAAAUGAAACACUGAGGCCAUGUGAAGUACAUCAGAGCAAGUUCCCUUAUGCCAAAAAGGAAUGCUCAAUUUUAUACAGUGAUCUUUUUGCACCUUGUCGCAAUGUGAUUGAUGUGACUUCUUUUAUCAAAAAUUGUCACACAGAUACAUGCAACUGCAAUCUUGGUGGGGACUGUGAGUGUUUGUGUACCAGUAUUGCAGCUUAUGCCCACAAGUGCUGCCAGCAAGGAGCAGCGAUUCACUGGCGAUCUCCUCUGCUCUGUGCUUAUGACUGUGAAUAUUACAACCAAGGUCUUGGUGAAGGACCCUAUAUUUUGGCAAGUUUUGGAAUGAAUGACACAAUUAUAGGGGCUAAUGUAUCCAGCAGAAGGAUAUUUCCCCUGCCUAGAACUGGAGCACAUGGAAAUGUAAUUUUCAGUUUCAUGAUAACUCCAGGUCUUUUCAAAGAUAAAGAUUUAUCUCUGUCUCUUGUUUCCCUUGAAUCUGCUGAAAGACCAAACUAUUUUCUGUAUGUACAUGACAAUGAAACCAUUGGGUUGGAGCAGUGGCAGGCAAGUGCCUCCUUUCAGAGACGAGCCACCUUCUUCCACCACCGGGGUCUCUGGAGUCCAGGGCUCAGUGCCUUUGAGCUGCACAGUAAAAAGGGCUUUUUCAUCAUUCUCACAUCAUCCAAACUCAGUGCUUCUGUGCCUUACAGAAGGAUGUGUGAAUGGCGAUAUGAAUCUUGUGCUAAUCCUUGUUUUAAGACAUGUAGUGAUCCUGAAGGAAUAGCAUGUAAAUUUCUUCCUCUGGUUGAAGGAUGCAUGCCAUACUGUCCCAAAAACAUGAUCCUUGAUGAGGUCACACUUAGAUGUGUUUAUCCAGAAGACUGCAUACCUGUGACACCUACAGAAUCAGAAAUUGGACUGAAACCUUCAAUGUUAAUCUCUCACAUGGGUCCUACCACAGAGAGAUUUCCUCAGACACCUUCUGUAUUUGUUACUUCAGGAAAUAAAUCAACUCUCAUCAGCGUGACAGACAAAAUAACCAUGAGCGCAAAUACAGCUUCAAGGGGAAUGAAUGUGUCGGCACAGUCCAUUACAGACUUUUAUUCAUUGGAAGCAUCUAAUGCAGCCACCUAUUCAACAUUUUCAUUACCAAGUACAGUGGAGCCUUCUGAUGUACUUCACAGCACAGCCAGCCCUACUGUCCUUUCCAAACCCAUCCCUUCAGCAGAUUUUCCAAUUCUUCUUCAAGCCUCAGCAGUCACAUCACAUACUGCCCACUCUAACACAUCUAUAACUUUACCCAUUCCAAUAACAACUCCUACAACUCUGCUCAGUGCAAGUCCUGUUCCAACACAUUCUGCAUUAUUAACACCUGCUUCCCUAGUGGUAGUUCCAUUUUCACUUGAAACAUCAAGCACUCAGCUAGGAGCAGUUCGACCUUCCUCAGCACUAACAGCCUUAGCUUCCAAGAUACCUCUUGUCACUUCUGAGCUGCCUGCAGGGAUUGGGAAGAGUAGGAGUCCUUCAGUAAGUCAUUCUAAGGGAGCAGAAAUACUCCCUGAAGUGUCUUUGUCUGCCCUGUGGGCUGACAAAGAAACUUUCACAAGACCAGUGUUUCUUCUAGGUCCACAAUUGACACGCAGAACUUCUGUAUCUACUUUGCCUGUUAGAACUAGGUCUGGCAUUAGUCAAACUGCAGUUUACCCAACACUCAUUUCUGCACUGACUUCAACUGCUCCUCAAAUGCCUAAGGUGACUAGAUUUUCUAGCUCUGGGACAAGUGUUCCUCAAUUAAUCCCAGUUUCAUAUUUCAGAACAGCAAAACCCUUGUCUAAAACUUCUCUGAUAUCAUUAAAUGAUAGUUCUUCAGCCAGUUUUUCUCCAAAGCCAUUUUCAUCUUCUGUGCGAACUUCAAGGACUUUUCCCGAGCAGACAUCUCCAUUAAAAAAGGGCAGUAUUUCUGCUGCUCUGCCAAUAAUGACAGUAUCUUCACCUCAAGUUUUUUCUCAAAUCCCUAAAAACACUUCUUCAAGUCCUUCUGCAACAUGCACAGUAUCUACACCAGCAUGUUCUCUGUUCACCACCCUGAAGUCCAAAGCUAUGGCAGAUGUCACUGUUGCCCCUCAAAGUUUUUAUACAGUGCAUUCCGGUGCUCCCACUCCUCUAGGCAAUUCAACAGUCUUUGAUAGGUCUGUAGUAAGUAAAGCCUCAACAGAAAAUAAGCAUAUAAUGCACACUGAUUUCUUUUCAUUGUCAUCCAUUUCAAAAAAGCCAAUGAAAUCCAUUAUGUCUACACACUUCCUUCUCAGAACAUUGGUAUUACCUUUAGAUGCUACAUCAAUAACCUCUUCAGAACUUACAGAGUACCCAAAAAGUUCAGAUACAGAAUUGAAAACUGACUCUGUGGCUCAAAGUUCAGGUACUUUCAUUUCUAAAGAUCGUUCUUUUACAAGGUCAUUAUCUUUAUUUACAACCUUGUUAUCCACAUCAGUACCAUCUUAUGUGACAUCUCAGGCUACAAGUCCUUCAUUGAUUCCCACAGUCAGUAGCACAUCAUCACUGACACAAAAUAUAAGUCUUACCCAAGCAUCAGUUUCAUCUCUGGAUACACAAGAAACUUCAAAAAUUCCAAUUAUAGACAUUGCAACUUCUGUGGAUUUCUCUAAAUUCACCUUAAAAAUAAGUCUCUCUACCAGCUUUCCAGCACCACUAAAAACAUCCAUUGUAAUGCCCUCUUUACUAAUGCCUACCACCUCUGAAAUCACUUUAGAAAGCCAGCCCUCUAUGCCUUCACCUCCUCCUAAGACCACUCAUAUCUCUAAUGUUUCUCUAGGAAAACAGAGUUCUUCGGUAAGUUCUUCAGAAGAAGAUGGAACAGUAUCAGCCAUACCAGCUGGAAUCAUCACUCAAUCCACUACACCAAUGGUCACGAACACAACAGUGAAUGCUACAUCCUCAAAAGCACCUUAUCUUUUUGCAAAAAUGCUACCUAGUUCUUCUGCCAGUUUAUUAGUUACUUCAGGCACUACCCUAGCCUCUAGGAUUACUGCAAAAACCACUGAUUCUUUUGUUGUCAAUCUGGAUUUUUAUAUGGCUUCAGUUCCUACUAUCAUAGAAACACACAAAUCUGUAUUUACAAGUGCAGUAACUCAAGCUUCACAGAGCACAAGAGAAACUCCAAAGACAGAUAUAAUGAAAACAACUGGUACUACAAGUCCACUGUCACAGAUGAAGAGUACCUCAUACAUAGCAUCAGAAGUUAAAUACACAACUUCAUUUGAAAAAACUGUGGAUAUUUCAGAAGAUGGUCAGACUUCACACGAGCAAAAAAAUGCUACAGAGACAGCCACAACUGACAAAUCUUCCUCACCUUAUUUGCCAGUAACUGCAGUUCAGAGUCUGCUUUUUUCAAGAAAUACAACCUCAGUCAAAAAUAUCUCUCUAUCUGGAGUCCUGGAUGUAAUGACAUCAGAUAGGUCCGAAAUCCCAACACAGAAACCCAUUACACCUUAUUUUAGUGUAACAGAGGCCGCAGAGCUGCAAACCAGAGCUGUAAUAGAUUUAUCUCAUUCUAGUGGUGGAAUGGCUCUGCCUUCCUCUUCAGAAACAACAGCUGUAGCUGACAAGGCUUACUUUGGGACAAUGAUGCAUACACUGAUAUCUACAUCUUCUGAGUGUGUGCCAAGAUACCUCGAACCCGUUGACAAAUGUAGCCAGUAUGUAUGUGUUAAUAUGGGUUGGAUGUUAUACAAUCUUUCAAGGAACUGCCCUAAGGAUGUGCAGAAGCCAGAUUGUGGUUUUAGAGGAAUGCCUGUUCAAGUUAACACUGAUAGCUGUUGUCCAGAAUGGGAAUGUCCCUGUCAGUGUUCUGUACUGUCUGAACUGAGUGUUAUUACGUUUGAUGGAAAUAACAUAGCCCUCUGUAAUAUGGCUUCCUAUGUUCUAGUCAAGUUACCAGGAGAAAUUAUUGUUGCUCAUAUUGAAAAAUGUCCUGCUAAUCAGAGUGCAAAUUCAAUAAGAAAACUAGUGCCACCUGCAAACACUUCAGGGCUCUGUUUUAAGAAAUUAAAUGUCACAACACACACUUGUCAAAUACUUAUCAAUCGUUUAGCAAGAAAAGUAGUUGUGGAUUCUGUAAUCCAGCCAUUACCAUUUUCAAAAGAAGGACUGAGUAUUCAGGAUACUGGUGCAAUGUAUGUUGUUAAUACCCCAGCUGGUAUUAGCAUCAAGUGGGCUCAUGUCACAGGCAUCAUAGAUAUACAGUACGGAUUGCACUCUAACACGACGAGGGAGACAGAAGGACUUUGUGGGGUGUGUAAUGGAGAUCCUAGUGAUGACCUGAAAAUGCAAAACAUGACCAUAAUUACAAAUAUGGAGGAAAUUGAAAUGUUCAUUAAGAGCUGGGAAAUUGAGAAAUCACUUGAUGUAACAACCAGGAGGCCAGUAAGAAACUGUACUGAAGAUAACUGCACAUACUGUAUGGAGCUAUUAAACAGAAGCGUUUUCAUCCCUUGUCACAAGAAAGUGUCACCAGAGGAAUUUUGUGAGAAGAUGUGGAUCAACAGUACUAAUUUUUGGAAUUAUGAGUGUGAUGCACUUUCUGCAUAUGUGGCUUUAUGCAACAAGCACAAUAUCUGCAUUAGAUGGAGGACACCUGAUUACUGUUCAUUGAGCUGUCCUGAGGGCAAGGAAUACCAGCCUUGUGUGCAGCCCUGUGAAGCCAAGACAUGCUUGAAUAAAUGGUUCUAUGAAGAUUCUCCCUGUUCCCAUUUAAGGGAAGACUGUGUGUGCAAAAACGGCACCAUUCUGCACAGAACAGACUCUGACCUCUGUAUACCAGAAGAAAAAUGUACAUGUACAGAUAAUAAAGGACAACCCCGCUCUGCUGGGGAGGUCUGGAAUGGGUCCGUGAGAGGGUGCUGCAUGUACAGCUGUUUAGAAAACGGAAGCAUUAUUGCUGUAGAACCUGAAUGCAGUGAGGAUCCAGCACCAGUCUGUGAAAGAGAAGGGGAAGUUCUACUCCAUGUCAUUGAAGAGAGAGCUUGCUGUCCCAAAAAAGUUUGUGAAUGUAACAUGUCAUUGUGUGAUGCCAUUACUCCAACAUGCAAACCCAAUGAAAAAUUAGUGGUAGGCUACCACCCCCUGUCCUGCUGUCCACAGUACCGAUGUGAGUGUGAUCCCUCGGUUUGUUUUAAUGCCUCCCAGCCCGACUGCAGAGAAGAUCAAUUUAUUGUUGAAGCAAGACAGGAAGAUCCCUGUUGUUUCUCUCAUCUCUGUGUUUGUGAAUCCUGUAUUGAGCCUGUUCCCUUGUGUAAUGAAGGGGAAAUUCUCACUGUAGACCUUAAUACCAUACACUACUGCUGUCCUCAUUACUACUGUGUUUGUGAUGAAAAUCUUUGUUCUGAGCCUCCUAUGAUAUGCACAGAUGACAUGACACCUGUGAAGGAAAAAGUACUUGGGCAAUGUUGUCCAGAAUGGCACUGUGAAUGUAGUUGUGAAAAUGCCACUAUGCUGACCUGUAAAUUGGGAGAAGUUAAAAAAGUAGAUAGCAGUGUUUCCAGUGCUUGUGGAUGCACUCACUACAUUUGUGAGAAGGAUGAUGUGUGCAUCUUCCAAGAGGUCACAGUACUGAGCCCUGGACAGUCAGUGAUUCAGUACUUGGAUGGAGACCUUUGUUACACUGUACAGUGUUUACAAGAAAAAGAUCAGAACACAGGCUACAAUGCCAUGCAUUUCACAAUGAUGAACUGUUCCCAGCAAUGUGAAGCUCAUCAAGUAUACAUUCCCUCCUUCAGUCACCAUACUUGUUGUGGUACGUGUCAAAACGUGUCCUGCUCUUUUCAAACAGAGAAUGGAACGCUGACUGUGUAUGAGGAAGGAAGCACCUGGACCUCCAACUGUACCAACUACAAAUGUGUAAAGACUGCUGCAGGGGCUAUUGUCCUGGGGUCAAGUGUUGUCUGUCCCCCAUUCAAUGACACUGAGUGUACAAAGAAUGGAGGAAUUGUGCAGACGUAUAAUGAUGGCUGCUGCAAGACCUGCAAAAAGGAAGAAAGGAUUUGCCAGAAAAUGACAAUCAGGACAACCAUAAGAAAAAAUGACUGUAUAAGUCAAAGCCCGGUAAAUGUGGCUUCUUGUGAUGGAAAAUGCCCAUCUGCAACGAUUUUCAAUGUCAAUAUUGAUAGCCAUCUAAGAUUCUGUAAAUGCUGUCGAGAAGUUGGAACACGAGUCCUGACUGUGCCCCUGCGCUGCUCAGGAAAUGGCACUGAAAUUCUCUACGUCAUUCAAGAGCCCAUAGACUGCUCAUGCCAAUGGAACUGAACAACACUGUGGACAUGAUUUAACUUUCACCAGACACACUUUUUUGGUCAUGGAUGAAUAUAGUAUUCUGCAGGGAAAUAAAAAAGGCAUCAGUUAUGCUUUACAAUGUAACUUUUCCCAAAUAUAGCAAAGAUAUUGUUUGUUGUUCUUUGAAUUGUCUUUGAAAAUAUUGGCAAGAAUAGAAAAAAACACAUAAAUCUUUUUGAACAAGAUGUAGUUUAUCCAUCAUUUAUUUCUACACAGUGGCUUUCUGAUGAGGUGGUGAAUAAAGAUGGUUAAUAUGGUUAGUAUUUCCAGUGUUUUAAAAUUUUGGAUUGUGGCUACCUAUCAAAGUUGAGACUUUCUCAAAUAAUUUCUCAAUGAUUCAUUUACUUAGAGGCCUCCCAUUGAAAACCAUCACCAGUUCCAUGUUUAAAUGGGAAAGAAGCAUAUUAGGAUUUUGAAAAUGACUGAAUGAAUUUAUUUUUAAAAUAAUGGGUUCAACUGUAACAUUUUUUACCUUGUUCAAGAAUCUGUAUUUUGUCCAUUAAGCUGUUGUCAGUGACUGUAUUCUGCUUACACUGUGAAUGAGAAACAGCACUACUGUGAUCUGUAUGUACUUGUAGGUAAUCUCCAGAGUAUACAGCAGAAUCAUAAUAUCUUGAAACCUUAGACAUGUAUUUAAUUUUUAUUUAUAUUAUAAAUAUGAAGCAUGACUAGGCACAGGCUGAAGAAUUAUAGCUUUUGUGACUCAAAGAUAUCUGAAAGCCAUUUCUGCUACAAAAUUUUGUAUCCAUUUUUUCACUUUUCACAGAAAAGAAAUUGGCUGUUUGCUAGUAUAGAAUAAGAUUAUAUGUAUAUAUAUUUAUUAAAAAAACCCACAGUACUGCACAUUUUAAAUAUUCAUAAUGGGUUUUGUCUUUGUUUUCCUGUCUGGAGAUUUGUGUUCAAUAUAUUUUAUAAUUUGUUUUUUCAAUACAGAUAUUUAGACUAUUGGCUGAAUUUAGGAUUCAUAAUUUUUGAGUCCAGGAAAAAAAGUCAGGUAAAAUAAAUGUUUUGAAGGACUUAGGUGAGUUAUUCAUGCUCAAUCAAGCUGUAAAUAUCCAUGAUUCUGCACCUUAAAUUGAAUAUCAUUUACCUUUUACUCAACAUAAUACAUAACCUGCAUUUAAAAAUAAAGGAUGCAAGUUUAAUCUUGUUUUUAGAAGAUUACUUUGCUUUAUAAACUCACUGCAUGAAAAUUAUAUUAAUUAUGACAGUAUUUUCCUUAUCAAUUUUCCUUUUAACUGUGUGAGAAUUGAAAUUGUCUAAAUGUUUGAAAAUCUUCUGACAGUUUUGAUUUCAAACUGUCAUAAUUUAAUUACAAAACAGUUGGAUUAUCACAUGGGUUAUUACAACGAAAAAUAAGCAAUAAUAACUGCCUUAAAAGCCAAGGCUAUUUUUCAACUUUGUGUGACAAAUCUUUGUUACAUUCAGUUUGAUGGCUUAUAAAGAAAAAUAGCUUAUACAGAGAAAUCUGUUGUUAUUAACAAGACUCAUCUACUCAUGCAUAUCAUUAAUAAUAGUGACUUGGUUUAAAAAUUAUAUAGCUAUCCAUUGUAAAAUAUGAGCAAAAUAUUUAACCAUUAUAAAGAAAAAAAUGAUCAACUAGUGAUCAAAAUAAAGUGGCACUUUGAGAAAGCC